AUGCACGCUAGCCGGGGGUGUGGGGGAGGAGGAGGCCCGGAAUUUACAUUCCACAAGCUCUGGGCUGCAUUGUCGCUUGUUCUCCCGUGCCACCCGCGAAACAUAUCCCGCCGGCUAGGCUCGCUCGAGAAAUACUACAACCUCACCUACGUCGUCAUCUCACUCAUCUUCCUCUCCCCAUUCCUCGGCUACGUCCCCUUGGCCCUGCUCAACACCCACGUCCACCUGCGCUGGGGCCAGCGCGGCAUCGCCAUCCUCGCCUCGACAUGCCACGUCGUCGCCUACGUCAUCAUCGCUCAGCACCCGCCCUACCCGGCGCUCGUCGUUGUCUUCAUACUCGCGGGCUUGGGCAAUGGCCUGAGCGACGCGGGGUGGAACGCCUACAUCGGUAACAUGGAGCGCGCCGACGAGGUCCUUGGCUUCCUGCACGCCUGCUACGGCGUCGGCGGCGUCGUCAGCCCGCUCAUCGCCACGACCAUGACCACUAAGGAGAAUUUGGGGUGGUGGAUGUUCUACUACGUCAUGAUCGCCUUGGCCGUCAUCGAGAUCGUCUGGUGCACGGCGGCCUUCUGGACGCAGACCGGGGCGGUCUACCGCGAGACGAUCAGCCACUCGGGCAAUGACGGCAGCGCGGGCCUGCCGACGGCCCUCUUCAAGCGGCCCUAUAUCUCGGCGGUGGCCGUCGCGCUGCAGGGAUUCUUCUUGGGGCCGCUCUUCCCCGCCGUCGUCGUGGCGACGACGAGGCUACUGCCGAGACAUCUGCACGUCAGCACCAUCGGGUUCGCAGCCGCGUUCGGGGGCGGCGAUCCUGCCCUUCGUCGUGGGCGCCCUGGCGCAGGCCAGGGGCGUGCAGGUCUUGCAGCCCUUCAUCCUUGCGUUCUUGGGGGUUAUGAUGGCGUUGUGGCUCUGCUUGCCUAA